AAAAUCCAUAAAAGUACAUUUUUAUUCCCAAUUUUCAUUUUCUCCUCCUCAGAUGAUGAUAGCAGGAGGUAUCCGCUCCAACGUCCGCAUCCGCACUCGUCCCUGGACCACCACUCAAAGCACUGAUUGGUGGGAGCGUGUGGUGAUGACAGAAUUCCAGCCCUCUGAUUGGCUGGAUAAGUUCCGCAUGAGCCGGGAGACGUUCUUCUACCUCUGUGACAAGCUGAGGCCUCGUCUGGCCCGUCAGGACACCAGCUUCCGCCUGGCGCUGCCGGUGGAGAAACGUGUAGCGGUGGCUCUGUGGCGGCUGGCGUCCAACAUCGAGUACCGCACCAUCAGCACCCUGUUUGGCGUGGGGAAGUCCACCGUGUGCAGGUGUGUCAGGGACAUGUGUCACGCCAUCGUGGCGCUCCUAAGCUCCAUCUACCUGCGGCCCCCCAGUGAGCAGGAGCUGGAGGAUUCAGCCCAGCUCUUCCUGUCCAACUGGGGCUUCCCUCACUGCGUCGCUGCCAUAGCAACCCUCCACACAGCUAUCAUCACCCCCUCAAACAACGCGUCUGACUACGCCAACCCGACCGGCUGGCUGUCAGUGCUGUCUCAGGUGGCUGUGAGUGGUCGGGGGCAGUUCUGGGAUGUAUGUGCCAGUUUUCCAGGUGGGACGGACCCAGCAGACAUCUUCCAGAACUCAUCGCUGUGGGCCACAGCUGCGGAGGGAGGACUGUCUCCUGCCCCGCCACCUGUCUUCAUGGGAAAACCGCUCAGGUAAAAGUAAAGCCAACAGUAUUACGCUGAAGUCAGUAACAAGUCGGCCCAUUUUUCAGGCAUUCAAGGAUACUGU